AUGGACGUGGACGUGGACGUGGACAUGGACGUGGACGUGGACGUGGACGUGGACAUGGACGUGGACAUGGACGUGGACGUGGACAUGGACAUGGACGUGGACGUGGACAUGGACAUGGACGUGGACAUGGACAUGGACGUGGACGUGGACAUGGACAUGGACGUGGACAUGGACGUGGACAUGGACGUGGACAUGGACGUGGACAUGGACGUGGAUAUGGACGUGGACAUGGACGUGGACGUGGACGUGGACAUGGACGUGGACGUGGACGUGGACAUGGACGUGGACGUGGACGUGGACAUGGACGUGGACAUGGACGUGGACAUGGACGUGGACAUGGACGUGGACAUGGACGUGGACAUUGACGUUGACAUGGACGUGGACGUGGACGUGGACGUGGACAUGGACGUGGACAUAGACGUGGACAUGGACGUGGACAUGGACGUGGACAUGGACGUGGACGUAGACGUGGACAUAGAUGUGGUCGUGGUCGUGGACGUGGACAUGGUCGUGGACGUGGACAUGGACAUGGUCGUGGUCGUGGACGUGGACAUGGACGUGGUCGUGGUCGUGGACAUGGACGUGGACGUGGACGUGAACGUGGACAUGGACGUGGACAUGGACGUGGACAUGGACGUGGACAUGGACGUGGACAUGGACGUGGACGUGGACGUGGACAUGGAUAUGGACGUGGACAUGGACGUGGACAUGGACAUGGACAUGGACAUGGACGUGGACAUGGACGUGGACAUGGACGUGGACAUGGACGUGGACAUGGAUAUGGACGUGGACAUGGACGUGGACAUGGACGUGGACAUGGACGUAGACAUGGAUAUGGAUGUGGACAUGGACGUGGACGUGGACGUGGACAUAGCGGUGGUCGUGGUCGAUGUGGACAUGGUCGUGGACAUGGACGUGGACGUGGACGUGAACGUGGACAUGGACGUGGACAUGGACGUGGACAUGGACGUGGACGUGGACAUGGACGUGGACACGAACGUGGACGUGGACGUGGACAUGGACGUGGACAUGGACGUGGACAUGGACGUGGACAUGGACGUGGACAUGGACGUGGACAUGGACGUGGAUAUGGACGUGGACAUGGACGUUGACGUGUACGUGGACGUGGACGUGGACGUGGACAUGGACGUGGAUAUGGACGUGAACAUGGACGUGGACAUGGACGUGGACAUGGACGUGGACAUGGACGUGGACAUGGACGUGGACAUGGACGUGGACAUGGACGUGGACAUGGACGUGGACAUGGACGUGGACAUGGACGUGGACGUGGACGUGGACGUGGACGUGGACAUCGACGUGGACGUGGAAUGGACGUGGACGUGGACGUGGACAUGGACGUGGACGUGGACGUGGACAUGGACGUGGACGUGGACAUGGACGUGGACAUGGACGUGGACAUGGACGUCGACGUGGACAUGGACAUGGACGUGGAUAUGGACAUGGACGUGGACGUGGACAUGGAAAUGGACGUGGACAUGGACGUGGACAUGGACGUAG